AUGGCCAUGAACACUACAUCUCCUGCACCACCUUCCUCACAAGCUGUCACAUUCAUCUCUCUGCUGGCUAUCAUCCUGCUCUCAGUGGCUCUGGCUGUGGGGCUCCCUGGCAACAGUUUUGUGAUGUGGAGCAUCCUGGUAAGGAUGCGAAAGCGCUCUGUUACUGCCCUGCUGGUGCUGAACUUGGCCCUGGCUGACUUGGCCGUGUUGCUCACUGCCCCCUUUUUCCUCCACUCCCUGGCCCGAGGCACCUGGAUUUUUGGAGUGGCUGGCUGCCGCCUGUUCCACUAUGUUUGCGGAGUCAGCAUGUAUGCCAGUGUUCUGCUUAUCACAGCCAUGAGCCUGGACCGCUCACUGGCAGUGGCCCUACCCUUUGUGUCCCAGAAGAUGCGCACCAAGGCGUGUGCCUGGCGGUUGUUGGCAGUCAUCUGGGUGGUGGCGUUAUUGCUGGCCACACCCGUCAUCGUGUACCGCACCUUGGUAGAGAAAAACAGGCGCCUGAUCUGCUUCCCGGUAUACUCCAGCAAAAAUCACAUGGCCUUCCAUCUGCUCUUCGAGGCCUUCACCGGCUUCCUGCUGCCGUUCCUGGCCGUGGUGGCCAGCUACUUAGACAUCGGGCGCAGGCUGCGGGCCCGGCGCUUCCGCCGCAGCCGCCGCACAGGCCGCCUGGUGGCGCUCAUCAUCCUGGCCUUCGCUGCUUUCUGGCUACCCUACCACCUAGUGAACCUGGCCGAGGCCGGGCGCGCGCUGGCCGGCAGGAAGGCAAGAGAGGGGCCCGUGGGGGAGCAGCUGCACCUGGCCCGCUCUGUGCUCAUCGCACUGGCCUUCCUGAGCAGCAGCGUGAACCCCCUGCUGUAUGCGUGCGCAGGAGGUGGCCUGCUUCGUUCAGCCGGCCUGGGCUUCGUUGCCAAGCUGUUGGAAGCCACUGGCUCAGAGGCGUCCAGCACCCGACGUGGGGUCACCCUGGGCCAGACCGUGAGGGACGCCCCACCCCCGCCUCCUGAGUCUAGCCCAGCCGAGAGCCUCACUGUCUCCAGCGAACCUCUCCAGUGA